AUGUUUCUUGGUCUACUAAGAGAUGUUGAUUCUAUGAAGAAUUAUGCAUGGGGGGCUGCAUUGUUAUGUCAUCUGCAUAACAGCUUCAGAGAGUUCAAGGCAGGAAGACUUCGAGGGAAGAGUCCAACAAUUAUGAGUUUCUGUGCUCCUUUUCUCACGUUUUUCUUUUACGAACACAUGCCCGUAAUUCCCCGCGCUAUUUAUGAUUUCGAUAUUUAUCGAGAAGAUUUUGAAGAUAGGGAGUUGAUUUUUACAUUCCCAUUAAUGGUUGGAUGGUCCAACUCAGUGGAGCGCAAGUCUAAAAAUGUUUAUGCACAAAAGAAAAAAGAAAAAUUUGAUUUGCUGCUCACGAAUGACAAUCCAUAUGCAAGAUUACGUGAUGAUUUUCUUCCUGACUAUCUUGCUGGCCAGAUGGAUGUUGCGUUUUCGCGCACAAUUUUGAUAUGUUUUGAGAAAAUAGCACAUCACAGGCCGGACUUGUGCCCACUAAAAAUGAACUUACAAGCUGAUUUAGUUCCAGUUGAGCCAUCAGUGACCAUUGUCAACAAGAAGCGUACCGCUUCUCAGAAAUUUGACUGGAAUGGAAUUCAAUGGAUUGUUUUGGAAAUGUGGCUGAGGGAUGCGCAGGAUAAGCGGCAUAGGGUGCAGGAUAAGAUGAUGGACGGAGGGUAA